CUCAGAGUGCGUGGCUCCAGCCUCGGCUUCGGGGGCACACUCCUUCUGUGACUCUGACCUCCUGCCUCCCUCUGCCUCGUGCUGACCCACCCAGAUAACCCAGGGCAGUCUUCCUGUUCCGAGACCCUCAACUCCACCAGGACUGCAGAGCCCCAUGGUGAUUCCGGGGGCCCCCUCGUCUGUGACCUCCCCGCAGCCUGGGUUCUGGUGGGGCUGGCCAGCUGGGGCUUGGACUGCCGGCACCCUAUCUACCCCAGCGUCUUCGCCAGGGUCGAUUACUUCACCGACUGGAUCCACAAGACCCAGAGGCUCACACCUCCCCCCGAUCCCAUGUCUGCUCCUCAGACCCAGUCUCCAGAGCAGCCUCUGCAGGCCGCCAGCUCAGCGGGGCGCGGCACAGCCCUCAUACCUCCCCAGACCUGGCUCCUGCUACUGUUUGCGCUCAGGGACCCACGGCAGGCCCUGCGGUGACCCACCGAGCCCCUCUGUCCAGCUCUCUGCCUCAGACCCAGUCUGCUUGCUGGAACCUUCCACACCUCCCCUCUCCCAGCCCCACUGGCUCUCAGGGUUCCUCCGGGACUUCCCUGUCCAUCAGCUGCCACCCCCCAAGCCAAGCCUGAAAAAACAAACAGAAACAAAUAAAGGACUCAUUCCGCUUCUGUCUUGGGACCCCACUCCCCCUCCUGUUCCUCAGCAUUCACCGUUCCCUCGAGGCCAAGCAUCUGGCUCCCGGUGCAAGGAAAGGGGGCCUGUCAGGGAGACUGUCCUGGGAGGGAGCCAGGGCUGCCAGCUGGGAGGAGAGCAGACUCCACCCCUGCCUCAGGGAGCACCGGCGAGCAUGUGGGCCUUCAGAGGAAGUGUGUCAGGCAGCUCCGGCUGCUUAACAAACGCCAGAGACCCACUUGAACAGCAGGAAUUUAUCACCUCCCAGCCCUGGAGGCGGGAAGUUGGAGGUCCAGGCGUGGGCGGGCCGGUUUCACCCGAGGCCCCCGGUAGACCCAGUCUUCUCCGUCUUCCCCGUCUCCCCCGUGUCCUCACAUGGUCGUCCCUCUGUGUGUGUUUGUGUCCUUAUCUCCUCAUAAGGACACCAGUCAUAUGGGAUUAGGGCCACCCUAGUGACCUCAUUUACCGUUAAUCACCUCUGUAAAGACCUUAUCUCCAAAUACAGCCACAUUCUGAGGCGCCGGGAGUUAGGGCUCCAAUACAAGCAUUUCGGAGAACACGGUUCAGCGCACAAGCAGAAGUAAGACCUUUCACCAGAUGUCUGCAGUGUGGGGCAGCAACAGUCUCCCCAAAGUAGGGAAACUCGAUCCAGGGAUUUGGAGGAGGGAAGACAGACUCCCAGUGGAGGUGGAGGGAAGCUCCAGACCGUAGGGUGAUUGAGUUGGACUGGGGUGCACAGCCAGGCCAUGAGGAGGGGGAUUCUGGCCUGCAGUAGGGGGCCCUCAGACACGGAGGGUCUGGGAGAGUGAGCCAGGAACAGAGGAGGCCGGAUGCCGGGCCGAGAGCUGAGGUUCAGCCGGUGGUCCUCAGACCUCUGUUCCUACAGCGGGCUCC